AUGAAGAGGCCAGCUUCCGAUGAUGGGGGUGCUAAUAAGGCCCCUAGAGUAUCCUCAGGACCUCAGGCUCCAGGGCCCAGUCGGAGGACCCCCAGCUAUUCUAUCGAGACUGAUCCCUCAGAGGAUCCCGCUACGAUUCCCCCAGAGUGUUUGACCCCCAGUGAGGAGGUGGGGCCUAGCAGGAGGAGCCUUAGUUACUCUAUUGAGACAGAUCCCUCGGAGGAUCCUGCGACGAUUCCCCCUGAGUCCUCGACCCCCAGUGAGGAGGACCCCCCUGAGGGCAGCUAUGACACGGACCCGUCCGAGUAUUCAGCGGGGGCACCGGGGGAGGAGCUUCCCGAGGUUGUGCCAGUUGCUCCGAUGGUGGAGCACUAUGUUAGGCCAGCUUCCUCAGUGAGCGUUACGGACUAUUCUAGCCCCUUAUCCUGGCCGUCGGUGAACCAGGAGCUGUCGCCGGGCUAUCUAGAUUCCUCGGAUUUAGACGCGGGGGAUGACGAGGAGGAGUACACUUCGCCCUAUAGCCCACCAGAUCAGGCUGGAGACCGCUCGUCUACAG